CAUCACUUGAUAAACAGACUCCUUUAAACAGCAAGUGCCUGUCUGCUCUACUAUAUAAAGCAGCAGAGACGUUGACUAGCGCAUAUUUGCUAAGAGCACCAUGCGCGCAGCAGCCAUCUCCACUCCAAAGCUAGACAAAAUGCCAGGAAUGUUCUUCUCUGCUAACCCAAAGGAAUUGAAAGGAACCACUCAUUCACUUCUAGACGACAAAAUGCAAAAAAGGAGGCCAAAGACUUUUGGAAUGGAUAUGAAAGCAUACCUGAGAUCUAUGAUCCCACAUCUGGAAUCUGGAAUGAAAUCUUCCAAGUCCAAGGAUGUACUUUCUGCUGCUGAAGUAAUGCAAUGGUCUCAAUCUCUGGAAAAACUUCUUGCCAACCAAACUGGUCAAAAUGUCUUUGCAAGUUUCCUAAAGUCUGAAUUCAGUGAGGAGAAUAUUGAGUUCUGGCUGGCUUGUGAAGACUAUAAGAAAACAGAGUCUGAUCUUUUGCCCUGCAAAGCAGAAGAGAUAUAUAAAGCAUUUGUGCAUUCAGAUGCUGCUAAACAAAUCAAUAUCGACUACCGUACUCGAGAAUCUACAGCCAAGAAGAUUAAAGCACCAACCCCCACGUGUUUUGAUGAAGCACAAAAAGUCAUAUAUACUCUUAUGGAAAAGGACUCUUAUCCCAGGUUCCUCAAAUCAGAUAUUUACUUAAAUCUUCUAAAUGACCUGCAGGCUAAUAGCCUAAAGUGACUGGACCCUGGAUGAAGGGAAUUAAAAGAUAGUAUCAAGUGCAGAAGGAAUGUGCCAGUAUGGCUCCCUGGGUGAACAGCUUGGCCUUUUUUGGGUGUCUUGACAGGCCAAGAAGAACAAAUGACUCAGAAUGGAUUAACACGAAAGUUAUCCAGGCGCAGAGUUGAAGAAGCAUAAGCAAGACAAAAACAGAGAGACCGCAGAAGGAAGAAGAUACUGUGGUACUGUCAUAAAAAACAGUGGAGCUCUGUGUUAGAAAGCCCCUCAGAACUGGGAAGGCCAGGUAACUCUAGUUACACAGAAACUGUGACUAAAGGCUAUGAAACUGAUUACAACAGACUGUAAGAAUCAAGGUCAACUGACAUCUAUGCUACAUAUUAUUAUAUAGUUUGUACUGAGCUAUUGAAGUCCCAUUAAUUUAAAGUACAUGUUUUCAAAUUGCCAUGGCUACUAUUGCUUGUCGGUGUUAUUUCGUUUUAUUGUUUUUGACUUUGGAAGAGAUGAACCGUGUAUUUAACUUAAGCUAUUUCUCUUAAAACCAGGGAGUCAGAAUAUAUUUGUAAGUUAAAUCACUGGUGCUAAUAAUAAAUGUGGAUUUUGUAUUAAAAUAUAUAGAAGCAAUUUCUGUUUACAUGUCCUUGCUACUUUUAAAAACUUGCAUUUAUUCCUCAGAUUUUAAAAAUAAAUAAAUAAUUCAUUUAAGAUUCUUCUUUCUACCGUCUCUU